AUGCCUGAAUACCGCCACGCUCGGAGCGGUAGCCUCAGCGUUGCCAGUCCCAACGGCAGCUCACAGGCGACCCCUCUGGCGACCGCUGCCCGCUUCGAUGGUCCCCGAAGCCCUCCGAAUACCUCCCACGUGCCUUGCAAGUUCUUCCGUCAAGGUGCUUGCCAGGCUGGAAACGCCUGUCCUUUCAGUCAUGACCUGAGCAAUGCCGCCGAGAACGUCUGCAAAUACUUUGCCAAGGGCAACUGUAAAUUCGGCCCCAAGUGUGCCAACAUCCAUAUCCUCCCCGACGGUCGACGCAUCAACUACGGAAAGAAUGGCGUCACGAUAGGCAACACUUCCACCCUCGCAGGGCGCUCCAACCCCACCUCGGCAAGCAGCAAUCAAUCCUCCACCAGCGCUCUCACCACCUCGCUCUACCGCGCUGAUGUCCCCGCGUACGGCUCGGCAUAUCCCUACGAUGAACAAGAUCAACACACUCUGGGUCGCCAGCCGAGCCUCGAGAAUGGCCUCCCCACCAUCGAUAUGUCUUAUACUGGUUCCAACUAUGGUUCGCCCAGAGACGAAGAGUCUUUGCGCUUCGGCAUGGGCCUCUCUCCUGUUAACAACAAGGGUCUCUCUGUCCUAGACGCUCCUCUUCCCGCAUCCUUCGAUUCCAAUGGCAUCUCAAACGCCGCCCGCUUCCCCGCUGGUCCAUGGCCCUCGUCUGUUCCCAACCAGUUCGGCAUUGAAUCUCCCACACCUUCGUUGAGCAACGCUAAGGACUCUCGCACUUCGGAGACUCUCAAACUUCUACACACAUCUGCCUUCGGUUCCGAGCAUCUCUUGGCUCCUCUGGAUAGAAGCCCACCAAACUCUCACCAAGCCAACGGGGAAGAGUACUUCGGCAGGCGAGCUAUGCACUCGUCUCGCUUUACCAAGCCCCGUAUGCUCAGUUCCAGCAUGCCUAAGACGUCUGUUGAUCGAGACUGGGAGCCUGGUUUUGCCUUUGGCGACGACGACGACAACCUUCCGGAAAACUAUGUACCCGAGAACCUACAGGACCUCCUGACGCCCGUUGAAAAGGCCCGACGGGGUUCUAUGCGAGCCGAUGGCGAAGACGGCCCAAGCAAGUACGGCAGUCCUAUCGGAACAAGCCCCAGCCGUUGGGGUCCCAUGUUCCAACGACAGAAGGAAGAGGAAGAAACCUCUCGAUCGCUCCGCGGUGCCUCUGCCUUUGGUCAUGUGGGAAGCCCUCUCCGGAACUCUAUCCUAUCACAAGAAAUGGGAGGCACAAACGGCUUUGCUCGUCCAUCUUCCUUGCGAUCUGCCAGUGAUGGCAUGUCGAUGCUGUCUCAACAAUUCCAACGAAGCCGUAUCGAUGACACCGCAGGCAACUCAAGCCCGCUUCUCCACCCUUCAACCGCUCGAGCUGGCACCACCGCUAGCGCCAUUAACCCCAUCAGCCCCAUUGGCAAGGAGCGUGAGCGUGGUGGCAUCGAACGUCAUGUGUCGAGCGGUAGCAUCAGCUCGUCCAUGAAUGGCCGAUUCACCACCCCCAUCAACGAAGACGACGAGAUGUUCCAUAUGGAGGGUAUGGAAGAAGACGGCGAGCCUUCCGUCAAGUCUCCUAAGAGGACAUCGGCUGGACUGUCCAUGAACGUCUGGGGCAGCUAUGCUUCCGUCGCCGGCAAGUCUACCAACGGAACUAAGGGAGUUCCUGUCAGCGGCCGAUGA